UGUAGCAUAUUGUUAGCCAAAACUUUCCACACAACAAAUUAUUGGCGGUUGUCAUUCUCAACCUCAACUACCAACCAAAAUUUAUCAAAAAGACAAAAUAACUCCAUAACUAGGUACCUAUUAAUUGUCACUGCUCAUUAUUUUCAAAAACCAAAAAAUAAAUAGCCAUAUACCCACCACAUUUAUCCAUCCUUUAGCCAAACCUCCUUAUCUAUAUAUCACAAUCCUCACAUCUAACCUUACCACAAUAAUCAACCAUGGAUUGGUUCUCAUGGUUAUCAAAAACCACUCUUGAUCAUUCUCUCAUCUAUGACUAUGGCCUCAUCUUUGCUCGAAACGAGCUUCAAUUAGAAGACGCAACAUACUUCAACCACGAGUUUCUACAAAGUAUGGGAAUAACAAUUGCCAAACAUAGACUAGAAAUUCUCAAACUUGUCAAAAAAGAAGAGGUCGAAUCACUACGACCGAAAAACUUCUCCGGUGUCAUCAAAAAGUGUUUCAAAAAAUGCAUGAGCAAGUUUGCUUUUCGCGAAGAUAAUGUUAAAAGGAGCAUAUCUUCACCGGCGGUUCUACCCGAUCCGAAUUGGUAUCAAGGGCAAAAAUGGAAAGGAGCAUUGAUCAAGGAAGAGAAUAUUCAAAAGAAACCUAUGUAUAGAAGUAGAACAAUGCCAUAUUCAGGACCAUUAGAUGGAAGAAUGCAUGAGAAGAAAAUGAUUAACAAUAAGGCAUUGAAAUUAUCUGGACCAAUUGAUGGAAGAUUGAUGAAUGAGAGAAUGGUGUAUACUAAUAGAAGCCCAUUAAGAAGUAAGCCCAUUGAUGGAAGAUUCACUGGAACAAAUCAAAGUCCAAGAGUAUCUGGGCCUUUGGAUGCAAGAAUGUUGUUUGAGAAUAGAAGCCCAAGAAUUACAAGGACUUCUGUUGAAACUGAUAGCCCAAUGGGCUAUAGUAGUCCUUAUAAUAAGCCCAAAGGUGAUUUUGAUUUUGAUGAUGAACAUUCACUUUGGCCUACACUGUUUCAAGAUCUUAAUCCAACUUGAUUAUUCUUUGUUUUGUCUUUGUUUUCUUGUGUGAUUCUAUGGUGAGUGAAGAAAACACCUUUUUUGUUUCUUCUUUGAAUUAAUAGUAGUUUAUAAUAGUAAAAUAGUACUAGCUAGUGUAUGAAAUCUAUUGUUUUGCUGAAAAAAAAUGCUUUCUUGUAUUCAUUCUCUUGUAGUUUUCCAACUACUUUGUUUAUACAUUAUUUUGUUUGAGAAA